GAAGAGUUUAAAUGAAAACAGAAAAGACUGCAAAAUGACUAUUUUCUUUAAUGCCUUGUCUGUCUUUUAGGAGAAAAGAUGAUUGGACACAAUAUCCACUCACCAAGUCACUGCAAAUACCAGCUACAGAAUCUGAGCUCAAAAAUGAGCUACAAGUUAGCAAAAAGCAAUUAAGUGCAUUGAGGCUUGAAAAUGAGCAGUCAAUCACUUCUUUCAAAGUAAAAAGAGAUGAAUUGCAAGAAGAAAUUUUCCUGCUAACUACUCAGUCAUUAAAAUUGCAAGAAAAUGACAAGAUCCAACAGGAGAAAUCAAAACAGUUUGAAGUACUACUGAAAGAGUUAGAGGAUUCUAAAGCAGCAUUGGAAGUUUCAUUGGCUGAGAGUAAAAAAUCAGCACAAACAAAAGUUUUGGCAGAACAUGGUGAAGUGUUGAAAGCUGAUAAGCAAAUUGUAUUCAACAAACAAGUUCCACACAUUGAAGAUGUCAUUGACUUGUUACAGAGAUUUAGUUUUCCUGAGACAAAAUUUGAAGAGCUUGGAAAGGCACUAGAUUUAAAACCACUAUUAGAUCCACUGUUUUUAAACUUGACAAAUCGUAGGUCUUUGACUGAUUGUGUCAUUCAGUGGAUUAGAAAUAGUAAAACAAAACCUCUUUUUGCCUCACUGUUACAUGCUCUCAGAUCUAUUAAGGAAAAUGCUAUAGCAGACAAAUUAGAUCAAGAGAUUUCUGUGGAAAGAACUCCUGAUCUUGUUCUUGCUGCCUUUGAUAAUCACCAUGAUAACGUUCUCUCAUAUUCUCUGUCAGAUCCUGUGGCAGUUGCCAAUAUACUUUAUGGAGAAGGUAUUAUAACAGCAGAAGUAAGGGGUAGUGUGUCAGACGAUGAUAAUGGUCGUAAGAACUUAUUAUCUGCUAUCAGAAAGUCUAUCAAAAUCGAUUAUUAUGUUCUGGAAAUAUUUGCUGAUGUAUUGAGCAGGUUCCCUCUGAAUGAGCCUUUUGGAAAGGCUCUACUCAGAGAUUAUGGUGCCAUUGUCAAAGUUGAAGCAAAAGAAGAUGAAUACUCGCCUUAUCAAAAAUUGCCCACUUCAGUCGAAAUUAUGGUUCCUCGUAGCAUAAUUACAGAUAUUUCUUCCAUAAGAAUUGCUUAUGGUAAAAUGAUGUAUAAUGUCGGUAAAGUUUUGAAGAAUAGUAUUUAUGAUUUUGAAGCAUUAGAAGAUUUUAUUGGUAGCUGUAACAGUGAUCUAAAGAAUGAUCUAAUUAAAGCUCCAUCUCACAUAAUGCCUGUGAUAAAAAAAGGAUGUUCGUUGAUUGAUACUAGCCUUGUUCGUGCUGUGGCAGAAGAGUUUGAGGUCUCAGAAGUUCAGAUAUAUAUUGAUGAAUAUAAUCAUGUUUUUGAGAACUUCUGCCAAUCAUUGUCUGUGGCUCUGUCACUGAAGGAAAAGGUUGCUGAUUCAAACUGUCAAACAGUUACUUACACCUUAGAUAGGAAACCAGAUGAGAACAUAUUAAAGGAUAUAAGAGAUAUUCUCUCAAAAAUAUCUUAUGAUAAAUUUGUGAUUAUAGAAUUUUUUGAACAGUAGAUUAUGUCAAAAAUAAUUUUUAUUGUAA